AUGCUGUGCGUAGAGCUGACGUUUCCGUGCGAUUUCACAUGGUCUUAUCAACAUCCACAGCGGCGGUUUCGACCGAUGCGAGGUCAUAACUGCAGCCCACUCCAGCCGGGGCAAAAACAACUUCUGCGACAGCAAGUCUAUGUGAAAUGCAACGGAAACGCCAGCUCUACUCAUGUCAUUUGGUACUGGUGUUGUUGUCUUCGUCAUCAGCGCAAGCUUGGAUGGCAACAAAUGCUAUGGGCGUCGCCAACUGACUUGCCUGAGGCUGACCUGCAGGCUUUUGUUACAGCCUCAUUUUCAAUUGAUGCGCCAAGGCUCGUUGAACUGAGGACAAUGGCAAAGACGUCAUUGCGCCUGUUUGAGCUUGUUUUUUGCACACAGCCACCGCAACGCUUUCCUUUUCACGUCGUGGGUCCUGCUUGUCAUUGCCUCUUUUGCCUCUUCUGCGAUGGCAUGCGCAGACGCGUGCGCACCGCUUCAAACUUCCUAGUCGAUCCGCCUCUUUCGCGCGCCUCCCUCGACAGGCCACUUGAGGCCAACGUUUCAGCUUCACUGUCACAUGCCGACUCACAGCCGAGGUGCCCUGUCCUGGACGCGCGCCUGCCUGUGAGCAUGCGACGUGCUGCGCGCGGCGUGCGUGCGUGCGUGCGAGCCGGCGUGCCUGCGAUCAAUCGCACAGGCAGCCAAGCGUGCGUGCGUGCGUGCGUGCGUGGGUGUUACCCUCGGGCCCCUCUGGCGCACGACCACCUGCCAGCCGAGCGCCUCGACUUCACAGGUCAAGGCGUGUCGUCACUCCAUUGGACGCAGGCAGGGCGGCGUGUGUCUGCGUGCGACUGUGCCGGCCGUCCCGGCGAGACUGACACUGGCCUGCUCAGUCCGACCCGGUCCGCUCGGCUCGGCUCGGCUCCAUUUCAACCCUCCACCGCCUCGGGCCGCUCGCUCUUGGCCUUCCUUGUCGCUUCGCCUCCUCCCGCCCAAAUGGGCCCACCACCCUCGCCCCCGGCAGCCGCCUAA